UCAUGACGCUGAUAUUGUUGUCUUAACCCAGUUACUGUGCUGUCUUGUCUCGUCUGUGAGAGCUAGCAGAUACAUGCAGCAGUUAUGUAGCUCAUAUAAGAAGGACUUUACCCCCGAGGUGACCGGCUAACAUUGGCUGAUGUUACGGUCCUUUCUUCGGGCUCCUUUAGGACCGACUGUCAACCAGACAGCUAACCCAGCUAGCCACACACGCUAGCUAACAAGCUGCUGUGAGUUUGUUUUUCUGUCCCUCUAGUCUCGGAAUAGCUUCUCAACCGAGCUACAUAUCUAUCGCUCUCUCUCUCUCACUGUGUGGUGUUUAACAGACCUAAAAUACACCCCUCUAAUCACCCCCCGGGGCUACUGCUGCUGCUGUUUUUGCUGUCAAGAUGUGGCAAAGUGUCGGACUCACACUGCUGGUCAUUGUGGCCACACUAGUCUGUGCGCUGCUCUUCAUGGUCUUCGGUUGGUAUGUAGUCUGGCAGCUCUUCUUGUCCAAGUUCAAGUUCCUGCGUGAGCUUGUUGGAGACGCCACCACGCCGCAAGCUGAAACUCAACCGUCCGAAACCAAGAGUGAGCGUGCAGCAAACGUGCCGACACGGAAUCGACCCCGGACUGCACGCCAAAGAGUUGCCUUCCCAGAGAGCACUUCAUAGAUCAUCCAGGCACUAUUUCUCCCACUGACCCUGCGCUCUACACUACACAAGGAGCUCGUGGACACGCGGCAGUCACAGUCAGCCCCUCUCGUCACCAGGACACUUUAAUCAUAACCAGGCUGACCUCCUGGUUUCAAAGGGAAAAGCCAUUUACAGUACUGUCCAUUUCUGAAUGCCACCUGUUCAUAUGUUUAAUUAUGUACAGUCGUAUGUACGGAGCACUGAGUCAUGGUCCUCCUGUUAUCCUGCAAUAGUGACGGCCAGCUUACACGAGCGGCCGAGCUGCUUCCUGCCACCUGAAGAUGGAGAUUGAAGAUGCUCCAUCACACACACAGAGAAACAGUAUGUUAACUCUCUUAUGUACAUGUUCUCAUCUGUAUUUUUUAGUAAAAUAGGCAGAUAACUGUUAAAAAAGAGCUCGUCUACAUCAUUUCAACAAGAACAACUGAAUAUAAAUGAAACUGAAAGUGAUAUUUAACUGACAACUUUAUUUUCUUUGAAGCAUAACAAAGUGCAAUGAAAGGAAUGUUAAUGCUGUCAUUUAGUUGUUUCUUGCACAGUAUAUGUAUUAUAGAAACUAUCUCACCCAGUAGGUCACACCCAAAGCUCAGUAAAAGAAGGUGAUGAAUGACAGGACCUCAUUCCAGCUGUGUAAAUACGUGACGCUUUUCUUGCAGCUUCUCCUUCACCCUUUUUUUAAUAGAUUUAUACUUGAAAGAGUCAGGAGAACGUUUCAAGGAAAUGACUGUUAGCUCUCUGGUGUUCAGAAGCUGCUACACACAUUGUUAGCUGAGCAACAAAACGAGGCUCCCUGCUGCAGAAAAAACCUGCCCGAGUGGUGUCCGGACCCUCUCCCGCUCCCUGUGCCUCUGUCUGUACGAGUGCCUGUCUAGAUGGCAUCCACUGUUUGUUACACGGCCUCCUUUUUAUAAAGCCGACAGUAGUUUGAAUUCCAUUGCAAAUCAAAGCUGACCAGAGCCUAGUCGAUGUUAAUGUAAUACAGUCUCCCUCCAGGUUAAAGUUAUGUAACUCUUGCACCUUUUUAUCAGCAGUGAUUUUUUUUCUUCAGUGGAGCUGUAGCUUCAAAUAAAUAAUGCCAUAAAUAUGUUGAGCCCUGUCCUGUUUGCCUCAAGUGGAAAAGUUGCUGUUAUGGGGGGUGGGGAAGAAAGAUAUAAUUGUAAAUGUCUUUUUUUUUUUUAAAUAUUGGCUAUAAAUUCCCUGUAUAAUAAACACAGAAAUGCUUCAUAAA